UAAAAUCACAGAGAGAUAAGACGUCCAUAUGCUUGCAAACUACACUGAAUUUGGAAGACAAGAAACAUCAUCCAAGAACGAAAAUGAAAGAGGAGGUCCCAGAAAGGCACACACUUGUUGGGGCACCAGAAGAACUCCCAAACAGCCUCCAUGUUGUCCAGGUGGGGGUUCUGGGAGAGGUUCUGCAUCAGGUGACCCCACAGCAGAUUAAACUGGAACCAAAGGAAAGGCAGCUACACUGCGGGAAAGCCCAGCGGCAGGAGCUGCUGACAGCAACGGAACCCCCUCAUUCUUUGUGGGGAAAUGUAUGCCUAUCAGAGGCCAGGACCUCUCUUGUUCUCUCUGGCAUCCGUCAGGGAGAGAAGGAGAUGACGAGGUUCAAGCCAGCCUUUGGAGUGGGAGAACAAACAUUCACUAGGACAUCAAAACCUGGUGGUCGAGAGGGUGGCCUAAAAGUGAAGGAGGCGAUUCUGAGGGAGGGGACCAUCAGCACUGAGGUCCUGCGCCAGCGUUUCCGGGACUUCUGCUACCAGCAGGCAGGAGGGCCGAGAGCAGCUUGCAGCCGCCUCCAGGAACUUUGCCACGGGUGGCUGAAGCCGGAAAGGCGCACCAAAGGGCAGAUGCUGGAGCUGGUGAUCCUGGAGCAGUUCCUCAGCAUCCUGCCCUUGGAGAUCCAGAGCUGGGUGAGGGAAGGUCAGCCAGAGACCUGCGGCCAUGCGGUGGCCCUGGCCGAGGAGUUCCUGCUCCAGCAUGGAGAGGCCGAGAGGGAGGAGAAACAGACAUUGGCGGAGUUGCCUGUCAGUUUCUCCCAAGUGGACCAGACUCCACUGGACUCUGGGAAGAGGCGUCCCUGGAGAGAGUUCAAGCAAGAGAGCCACGGAUAUGCCAGCUUAGCAGGAGGUGAGAUGCUGGUGAAUGAGCAUGAUAAGAACCCACAGGGAUUGCCCUCAGAAAAAUCAGAGUGUGAGUUGGAAGAAGAACUCUUUGGCAACCAGGACAGACCAGGAAGGCAGGUUGAAAACCAUAAGACCACGGUGAUCUCAGUCACUGAUCCAACUGGUGAUCUUUGCAGAAUUGCAGUCCCGCAAGGAUUCUACAAAGGGACGAGUUGGAAUAUAUGCCCUGUUUGUGGGAAAAACUUUACCCGGAAAUCCAGUGUGAACAGACAUCAGAGAAUCCACACGGGAGAGAAGCCCUAUCAGUGCCCAGAAUGUGGGAAAUGCUUUAAUCAGAGAAUAAUCCUCAUUAACCACCAGAGAAUCCACACAGGACAGAAACCACACAAAUGUGUAAACUGCGGGAAAACCUUCAGGCAUACAUCGGGCCUCAUGGUGCACCAGAGAACUCACACAGGAGAGAAGCCCUACCAGUGUUCGGUCUGUGGGAAGAGUUUCAUUUCAAGUGCAGAUGUAAUUCGGCAUCAGAGAAUCCACACAAGGGAGCAACAAAAGGCCUUUGUUUCUCAGAUAGCUGAAGCACAUUGUUUUCCUUAAAAGGAUCAUUUGUAGAAUGUGUAAAUGUGAAUAUGACUUGCCCUCAGAAGAGGUUCCCUUGCUUUUCUUCUGAACAACUCACUGAACUGCACAUACCUCUCGGUUGCUUGAUUGGAAGGAGGCAAGCCCAGACAAGCUACUCACACAGAGAUGCAACAAGCAGCCUCCUCUGAAAACAGGUUAUUAUACUGUGCCUGUAUAUUAGAACAGAUUGCUCCAGUUACACGUGAUGCAAAGAUAGGGCAGAAUUACCACCUUCCCCACAAAGGAGGCAAACAGAGCAGUUACUCACACAGAGACAGAACAAGCAGCCUCCUGUGCUUGUAUCCUGGAGCUGCUUGCUCCAAGCACACCUGAUUCAACAAUGGGACAGAAUUCCCGCACCUCCAACAAACACUUGGGCCAGUUUGAAGGAGGCAAAACCAGAGCAGGGAAUCGUGCAGAGAGACUCACAGAGGGACAGAUUCUCCCGUUGAUGGAUAUUUUAUUUCUUGGGGCACACUUGGAGUUCUUCCCCUGCUCACUAGUGCCUCCUGGUGCCUAGUCUGGGGAUCACUGCCUUAGCUGUCAUCAUGGGUACAUUACAGGGAAACUUUCCCUGAUGCUCACCCCUUGUUAGACAUCCUAAUAUCCAUUUGGAGGUGGGGGAGACGAUAUACAUGUCUGGGCUAUGAGGGAAGAAGAAGAACCAACCUGAGGGUCUCCAGAUGGCAUUGGACUACAAUUCCAAUCACCCCACCACAAUUUCUUGUGGUGGGGAUGAUGGGAGUUGUAGUCCAAAAACACCUGGAAAGCUUCAGAUUGGCCACCCCUGAUCUAGUUGGGUUCCCCCCCAUCAUUGAGAAUAUUUGUGAUUGUAACAUUAAAAGUUGAUCCCAUGGCAAUUUCACCUUUUUAAACUUGGAGUGGACAAGCGUGUCUUGUUGCAAGCCAUGUCUUAUUCCAUUUUGUGGGUGUCUUUCAGUCAUAUGAUGUUAACAUAAAUUUAUUCUGUC